AUGAUAACAAAUCUAAUGACAGGUUUGACAACAAUCUUGUUUAUUUGGUGUGUGUUGCAGCUGUAUUUCUUUAUAUCAGUUGGUGUAGCAGAGAUGUUCCUAUUAGCCACCAUGGCCUUUGAUCGCUACCAAGCUAUUUGUAGUCCUUUGCAUUAUAUGAAUGUGAUGAACACAACGCUUUGUAAUUGGCUUCAACUUAUUUGUUGGAUAAGUGGAUUCAUAGUUAACCUUCCUUUGUCAUUUACCUUGCUGCGCUUAGAUUUCAGUGGCAACAACAUUAUUAACCACUUCCUGUGUGAUGGACCAGGUCUUAUGAAACUAUCCUGUUCUGAUACAAAACUUAAUGACCUGAUUUCCUUUAUUCUGUCUCUGACAAUAAUGCUGAGUUGUUUCUUUUUCACACUUAUGUCAUAUAUGUGGAUUAUAAAAACAAUUAUGAAUCUUCCUUCAAGUACAGGGAAAAUAAAGACUUUCUCUACUUGCUCCUCUCAUUUGACAGCAGCUACUAUGUACUAUGGGGCUUUGAUAUUCAUGUAUGUCCGACCUCGAUCAAUCAAUAUGUAUGAUAUGAAUAAGAUUGUUUCUCUUUUUUAUACUGUAAUUGUCCCUGUGUUAAACCCUCUCAUAUACAGCCUGAGAAAUAAGGAAGUGAAAUAUGCUGUCAGAAAAAUGUUAAUGUAG